AUGAAUACGCUGCUGUGCCACUCGUGUGCAAAUGAUAUUGCGGGAACGCACAUCUCCUGUCGUGGAUUUUGCAAUGCUACUUUUCAUCCCAAAUGCAGCGGGAUUGCCGAAAACUGCUUUGACGAUGUUUUAAAUAAUAAGCAGAUAUUUUGGCUAUGCAAAUCCUGCACUAAUCUGAUGUCCGAUAAGCGUCAUCGACAAGCUGUAAGAGCUGCCUAUGAGGUUGGACAGGAAGAGGUGUUAGGUGCACACAACCAAAUUGUCGAGAACUUAAGGACUACUCAACGUCCAUUUGCCGAAGCCAGUCGUAACAAAGCUCGCCGUCUUUUCCCGAAUAAAGAUGGGGCUAAAUCUAAUGUCUCAUCUCUAUUACGUGGUACUGGUAUGCCUGUUUCACCAUCUCUUGGCACGAUAACAGUAGCUGAUCGUACACCGAAGUUUUGGCUUUACCUUUCACGUAUUGCACGCGAUGUUUCUGUUGACCAAAUUUCCAUUUUGGCGAAACAGCGUCUUAUCACCGAUGACGUGGAAGUCGUUAGACUUGUUGCAAAGGAUCGUGACGUAAGCACAAUGAAUUUCAUCUCGUUUAAAGUUGGAAUCAAACCUGAGCUCAAGGCGCGAGCCCUAUCUGCUUCAACAUGGCCCGAAGGAAUUCUUUUCCGCGAAUUCAAGAGCAAUCGCACCGUAUCAGCUGGAAAUUUUUGGAAACCCCUCUAUCCGCAGCCAGAUCAGUCGCCAGUUCAGGCCGAUACUCAUCAGCCUGCUUCACCAUCAUCAGUUCAAUCAGCUAUGACGGAAUAA